AUGGAUGGGAAGAGGAAACGUCAAAAUGACUCGAAACGACUUGAAAAGGGAAAUUCUCACGUUGAAUCAACGAUUCAAGAAAAAAGAAGGAAAUCUAAGCUUUUACCAUCGAAGAAAGCGAUUAAAUUGACAGUGGAGAAGACGGAGAAGAUAAAUCCCACGAUUAUGGCCAACUCGAAUUGGCUCGCGGUGAAGAACAAAAUACAUCAAAAAGAUCAGCCGCGAGAACGAAAAUACGAUUUGGAUCCUAAAGCAGCGAAAGAGCGUGUAAAGAAGGAGAAACAGGCUAUGCGCAUGAAGGAACGAACUGCCGAGUGGGUGGAUAACUCGCGUAUUGUUGGCAUAGAUUGUGAAAUGGUUGGUGUCGGACUUUCGGGUAAAACAAGUGUAUUAGCGCGGUGUAGUAUCGUGGAUUAUGACGGCAAUGUACUCUACGAUAAAAAAGUGCGCCCUGUGGAAAAGGUUACUGACUUUCGAACUCAUGUCAGUGGCAUUAAAUCGAGCUCGCUUCGAAAUGCGAUUCCCUUUGCACAAUGUUUGAAAGAGGUGGGAAAAAUAGUGCAAGAUAAAAUAGUCGUCGGCCAUGCAUUAAAAAAUGACUUUCAAGCGCUUAUGUUUACGCCACCAAAGCAUCUCAUUCGCGAUACGGCAUACUAUCGGCCAUAUAUGCGUCGCAAAAUGAAUGGCACGAAACUAUACCCAAAAUCAUUGAAACACUUGGCAGAAGAAGUUUUAGGUAAACACAUUCAGACUGGACAGCACGAUUCAGUGGAAGAUGCACGUGCAACGCUCGAGUUGUAUAAACGCGAACAGUAUGCAUGGGAGAAGUAUUUGCGCGCGAACAAAAGCAGCAGUUUGCUUGCAGGCAUCGCACCCACUUUACGACCGACAGUUGAUGCUGCUCGUAAUCUAAAAUCCGAAGCUAUUAAGCCUGAUUUAAAUCGUGACGAUGAGAAGAUUGACACUGAAAGAGGAGAGGUGAAUGUGCCAGAUACCAAUGACCUCGCCAUUAUGGAAUAUGGUGAGUAA